CAGUUCGGGCCAGUUCACCGCCGCUGUAGCUCCCAGUCUGUCCCGCUGAGCUGUCAACACACAGCGGCGCUCCGCUCCCUCUCGACCCGUCCCACCGACCGUGUGCCGCGGCGACGUCUCCCCACGAAGCCCCGAUCCUCCGUCCUCCUUCAGCGACGUCUCCCCGCAGAUAGCAGCCGCCCUCGCCUCGCCAUGACUCGGAGGUGAUCCACAGCGUGACCAGGUGGUUCUGGGGUUCCAGGUUGGUGUGGUGAGAGAGCAAGCUAACUACGGGGUGGAGGUCCGCCUGGGGCAUCCUGUCCCUGGUUCUCAAGUGACUAAGGAAGGGGCUUGGCACACUGUUCUGCAGCAUGGAGAAGGAAGACCUGAAGGUCCUCAACAAGGGCGAGGAGGAGGAAUUGGAGCUGCAGGGCUACCGUCUCUGUCGCUGGCGGCUGGUCCUCGUGGGCCUCGGGGUGCUGUGUACAGGGGGCUUCCUCCUCCUGCUGCUCUACUGGAUGCCAGAGUGGUGCGUCAAAUCCACCUGCACCCGUACCACAGCUCGUGAUGCUGAAGUGGUGUUGCUGCGCUCAGUGGAUGAGUUUCGGCGCUGGUUCCUGGCCAGGGUGCGAGUGAUGCUGGCCCCGGGGAGUGACCCCUUCCACAGCCUGGAGACCCAGACCACCUCCCCCUGCUCCCCUUCUUCUCCCUCCUGCCCCUUCUCCUCCCCAGCCUCCCCCACUCUAGCCAAUGGACACACCACUCACCCCUCCGAUGGCAGCCCCGCUCAGGAGCUUAUCAGAAGAUAUGCAGACUACCAGCCCACACAAAUUCGCUAUUUUACCUUGCAUAGCACAAAGUAUUACUGGAAUGACAAGCUGCAGAACUUUCAAGAUUUAAGUGGCCUGGAGGACUUACAGAUCAGCUGCUCCACUCUCCACUCUGAGCACAGUGGAGGCCUUACCAGGAACCAGCAGGAGUACAGGAAACUGUUCUUCGGAGUGAAUGAAAUUUCAGUGAAAGUGCCUUCUGUUUUCAAGCUGCUUAUCAAAGAGGUCCUGAACCCUUUCUACAUCUUCCAGCUCUUCAGUGUGAUCCUGUGGAGUGCCGAUGAGUAUUACUACUACGCUGUGGCCAUUGUGUUCAUGUCGGUUAUAUCCUCAGCUACCUCUGUGUACACCAUCAAAAAGCAAUACGUCAUGCUUCACGAUAUGGUGGCAGCUCACAGUAUUGUCCGUGUGUCUGUAUGCCGAGCCAACAAUGAUAUCGAAGAGAUUCUGUCUACUGAUCUGGUGCCUGGUGAUGUGAUGGUCAUUCCCAGCAAUGGAACCAUCAUGCCAUGUGAUGCAGUGUUGAUCAGCGGCACCUGCAUCGUCAAUGAAAGCAUGCUCACAGGUGAGAGCGUUCCUGUCACAAAGACCAACCUCCCAAACCCAGGGCCAGAAGAGACGGGGGAGGCUGACAGUGCCUACAACACAGAGGACUAUAAGAGACAUACACUCUUCUGUGGCACCCAUGUCAUCCAGACCCGCUUCUACACUGGUGAAAUGGUCAAGGCUGUGGUGGUCUGCACAGGAUACAGCACAGCCAAAGGUCAGCUGGUGCGCUCCAUCCUCUAUCCUAAACCCACCGACUUCAAGCUGUACCGUGAUGCCUACCUCUUCCUGCUGUGUCUGGUGGCUGUAGCUGGAAUCGGCUUUGUCUACUCUAUUGUCCUCAGCAUCAUAAACAAGGUGCCAGCGAAGACCAUCAUCAUUGAAUCCCUAGACAUUAUCACCAUCACUGUGCCACCGGCGCUGCCAGCUGCCAUGACGGCCGGAAUUGUGUACGCCCAGCGGCGCCUCAAACGCAUUGGCAUUUUCUGCAUCAGCCCACAGAGGAUCAACAUCUGUGGCCAAAUCAAUCUGGUUUGCUUUGACAAGACAGGAACUCUAACAGAAGAUGGAUUAGACCUGUGGGGUGUCCAGAGAGUUGAGAAUGGCAGUUUCCACCUGUCAGAGGAAAAUGCCUACAAGGAGAAUCUUGUCAAGUCCCAGUUUGUGGCUUGCAUGGCCACCUGCCACUCCCUCACGAAAAUAGAGGGCCAGCUGUCCGGGGACCCACUGGACCUCAAGAUGUUUGAGGCUACAGGCUGGAUCCUGGAGGAGGCCACCGAGGAGGAAACAUCGCUCCACAACCGUAUCAUGCCCACCGUGGUUCGACCCCCAAAGCAGCUGUUGCCUCAAGAGCCUGCAGUGUCACAGGAACAAGACAUGGAACUCUAUGAGCUCUCGUCUGUGUAUGAGAUAGGUAUUGUGCGCCAGUUUCCUUUUUCAUCAGCUCUCCAGAGAAUGACUGUGGUAGCUCGUCUGCUAGGGGAGAAACGUAUGGACGCCUACACAAAGGGGGCGCCAGAGGUGGUGGCCGGUCUCUGCAAGAGAGACACAGUGCCAGAUAAUUUUGCAAAGAUUUUGGAGGGCUACACAAUGCAAGGUUUCAGGGUCAUUGCUCUGGCACACCGGCGAUUAGAAUCCAAACUUACCUGGCACAAAGUUCAGAACGUCAACAGGGAUCACAUAGAGAUGAACAUGGAUUUCCUGGGCCUGAUCAUCAUGCAGAACAAGCUGAAGGCAGAAACUCCAGGUGUCCUGCAGGACCUCCGCCAAGCCCACAUCCGCACAGUCAUGGUUACAGGUGACAAUAUGCUGACAGCAAUUUCAGUGGCUCGUGAUUGUGGAAUGAUCCCACCCCGGGACACAGUCAUCAUUGCUGAUGCCCAUCUUCCCCGUGACGGACAGACCGCCAAGAUCACCUGGAGAUACGCUGACCAGCCGAGCAAGACGUCUCGCCUGGAGGAAGUUAACAUGAGAUUAGAGGACGUGUGUCAUGAAGACGAACCCAAAGCACAAGAACUGUACCACUUUGCAAUGAAUGGAAAAUCAUUUGCUGUAAUCUCUGAGCAUUUCCCUGACAUGCUUCAAAAGCUGGUGCUUCACGGGACAGUGUUUGCCAGAAUGGCCCCAGACCAGAAAACCCAGCUUAUUGAGGCAUUGCAGGGUGUAGACUACUUUGUUGGGAUGUGUGGAGAUGGAGCUAAUGAUUGUGGGGCUUUGAAGAGGGCUCAUGGUGGCAUCUCUCUCUCAGAGCUUGAGGCCUCUGUAGCUUCUCCCUUCACCUCCAGGACUCCCAACAUCUCCUGUGUCCCCAACCUCAUCAGGGAGGGCCGCGCCGCUCUCAUCACCUCCUUCUGUGUGUUCAAGUUCAUGGCCCUCUACAGCAUCAUCCAGUAUAUCAGUGUCACCCUCCUCUAUUCUAUCCUCAGUAACCUGGGAGACUUCCAGUUCCUCUUCAUUGAUAUCGCCAUCAUCCUCCUUAUUGUCUUUACCAUGAGUCUGAAUCCAGCGUGGAAAGAGCUUGUGCCGCAACGGCCGCCAUCAGGUCUGAUCUCAGGGUCUCUGUUGUUCUCUGUGCUGACACAGAUCCUCAUCUGCUUGGGCUUCCAGACCUUUACAUUCCUGUGGGUCCAGAAGCAGCAGUGGUACACAAUCUGGACACCACUCACAGAUGUCUGCAACAUGUCAUCGCACAUCAACAUGUCUGACCUCAACAACACAGAAGUGGACGACCACAACAUCCAAAACUUUGAGAACACCAGCCUCUUCUAUGUGUCCUGCUUCCAGUAUCUCAUUGUUGCUGUCGUUUUCUCCAAGGGCAAACCGUUCAGGCAGCCCAGCUACAAGAACUGGCCUUUUGUGGUGUCCACCCUGAUUUUGUAUAUUUUCCUACUGUUCAUCAUGUUCCACCCUGUGAAAACUAUUGACGAGUUUCUAGAGAUUGUUUGUGUCCCGUUUGACUGGAGAGUAAAACUUUUCCUCCUCAUCAUAGUCAAUGCUGUUGUGUCUGUGGUGGUGGAGACCUUCAUCCUUGACAUCAUCUUAUGGAAGCUUGUGUUCAGCCGAGACAAACAUGGCAGCUUUGGCGUCACUCCUGCCGCCCCUACACCACAGAGGGGCAUUGACCUGCAGGCGUUCAAGUGUCUGUCCUGGCUGAGCUGCUCACGCAAGAUGCCCAAGGCCCGCUACAUGCAUCUGGCCCAGGAGCUGAGUGUGGACCCUGACUGGCCUCCAAAGCCAACCACCACCACAGAAGCCAAACCCCGUCCCGAAAACGGCUCCACUUAUCAAAUCAUGAUCGACUCCUAGCACCCCCCCACAGCGCCUCCAGCUAUCCUAUCUCACCUUUCAUACUGUAGACAUUUUUAAAGGUGUGCUUAGUGAAAGCACAUUCAGUAGGAUGAUUGCUUGUCAUCACCGUUCAGAGACUUGCCUCCACCACUGUAGUUCCAGAGACAUUACUGCAAAAACCACAGGAUUUCACAGACCGUGGGGUCCAUAUGUGUCGAACGCGGUCUCAGACUCUCAGGUCUCUCUUGCUUUAAAUGUCCCUAAAACAUCUGCACGUCAAACUUAAUUCCCUUCCUUUGUUGCGAUGUCUGUUCACCAAAGCUGAGCAGCAACUCUAGUUCAAAAUCGCAAGUCAACCGAAUAAUGUCUCUCGUCUUUGUGUGGAAGUGAUGUAAGAUAGAGCCAACCACUGUAUUAGAAAAUCCAUUUAGACUUCAGAUUAAAAUAGUUGAUAUAAUGUCUGAGCUUUUCAGAAGGAUUAUAAUGUUUUUUAAUAGAAACUUGGGAAGUAUAGGCCAAGUUGAGGGGUUGUACUCUUAUCCUCAAGUUCCACCCACUCUGACUGAAUUUACAACUAAGAGAAUUGGCUUAUAUAGGAAAAGACUGGCAGAGUUUGAGGAAGAGGACGGAGGAUAGAAGUUCCAGUUUGAGAUUGAGAGAUUCUGCUGUUGGAAGCCUGGAGUUGAAUGUGGACAGAGUAAUUGAUUACUCUGCACUGACCACCUCAGUGUGACGUGAUCUUACAGUUUUUAAAAGAAACAGCAAAAUGUCCAAUGCUUUUGUUUUUCUGAGCAGCCAUCACCCCACCUAUAGGACUUUGACCCUGGUCUGACCUGUUGUUGGUGUUGCUGGCUCUGAUUGCUAAUAUGUAGUGGUCUUAUACAUCUAAUGUACAUAUAGACUCAUUUUAAUGAGUUGGCAUAAACACCGAACAAGAACUCAUUUUGUGAUAACCAGACUAUUUUCAAUCUCUCCCUGUGAUGAAUGAACCACAAGUCCAAGCACACAGAGUUGAAGGAAUUUGAGAGUGAUGAACGGCUGUGGUCUCAUAAAUUGCAUAUAAUAAUAAACCCAAAUAUACAACUAUCAAAGUGGCUGAUCGUACAAUUCUGGAAGAGUAAGAGGAAGAAGUAAGGGAAAGUCUAGAUUUAGUGUGAUUUGGAAACUGCACAAUAUGUCUGAAAAUAUUACAAUGUACUCAAAGUAUUUGUAGACCAGCUGUCGUCAGUCACAUUGUAAUAUUACCUAUAUAAAUCAUACUUUUUAUUUGUGAUCACCUUUUAAAUUUAUGAAAAUGCAGAAAAGCUCUUGUAGGAUUAUGUAAAGUGGACUUUUUAAAUUGGUCACACAUUAUACAUCACAGGUUGAAGACUGAAAGUACAAAACAAUGAAAGUUAGGGACAUUCUGGCUUGUCCAAAGUGACCUAAGAAGAACAAUGAGGUAGAAAGACCUCAGAUGUGCUCAACCACUCUCAACUACAGGCUGGGACCUGUGACAGGCUCUCCAUCAUUUUGUCAGAGAUUACCUUAGAGAUUUUCAACAAAGGUAUUAUUAUGUAGAACAUUUUAAAAUAAUGAUUAAAAAAAAGACUGAAUGAAUCCUUGCUUUUUAGCCGUGCUAGCAUCUUGAAUCAACUGAUCGGUUGUUCCAGACGUAAAUAUCUCAUUAACUGUCAAGAACUCCAACACGGAUGUUCUUCUCUGUAGCUCCUCAUUCAUCAUGCGAUGUCACCAAAAUGAGACGAGAACAUAACAGGUUACCUCUGAAGCUAAUGAUUAAAUUAUCAUCAACAUUAGCUGAACUCUGGUAUUCCAACACAGCGUGCUAACAUACCCAGUGUUUUACAUCCAUCAAAAUCGGUUAUCAAGUGUGUCAUGAACUUUGCACCCUUGCAGGCUGCUAGUGUGGCUAUAAACCGUUAAGCCAAUGUGUGUGCGUCGGUGAGCCAUGUCCUGUCAGCGUCUCGUAACGUCAGACAUGUAACUUAAAGUACAUCAACACUUGCAUGAAGCCACCUCCCUACCUGUCAUGUUCUGAGGACUUGAAAGACUAAACGGUUGCAAUACUGGAUCUAUUACUACAAAUAUACAGCAUUACUGUAGAAGACACAUUAACAUGACUGUACUUUAAAAAGAAACUCCACACGAGAGGCAGCAUAAAUCUGUCUGGCUAUCGUGGACAGCUGAUUAAAUGCAUGAGACCAUAUGAAUCAAAGCAUCCUAAAUCUGCAAACUCCAGAUUGGCUAAAAGAAAGCCAGUAGUUUAUUUUUCAACACAAAUUCUUCCUAUGGAAGACUGAUUAAAAGUGUGAUUGAGAAUAAAGGUAAAGAAUCUCGCUGCUCUCGAUGCAAUCAAACGAUCCGCGCAACAGCACACCCUGCAUAGGACAGAUGCAGAUUAACAUGCACAGUUGUAUUAAUGUAUUACAUGCUACCUGCAUAGAGAGUUAAGGGCUAUAUUUAUGUUCACUGCUAUUUCUUGCUGCUCCCCAAUAUCAAUAUCUGUUCUGAAAGUAUUAUGUACGCACACAGUCUGGAGACUUUGAAAGUGGCUGUAGAAGUUUGUAGUUUCAUCCUUUGUAAAACAUGUUUGUGGAAAAUCUAAGUACUGAGAAAAUAGAAGCAGUUUACACUUUAUGAGUGGAUUGAGUUUUUUGUUGGUAAAUUUUAGUACUUCAAAAAAUGCAAAUACAUACUUUUUUUAUAUAACAUCGUAUGGGAAAUUCUUCAUUAAUCAUGAUGAACAGUCUACUAAGGAGAAAACUACAGACUUCUUAAAGUCACCAGAGAUGAUUUUUAAAAGUCAAAAUGCUAAUUUAUGGUGGAGGUUCACAUGAAAAUAGCUGGUUCCUAUUGUCAGAAUAACUAAUUCCAACCUGUCUUUCAUGAAUUAUAUGUUUUAAAUUCUUGUCAGAGUGCGACUCAGUGGCUAUGAGACACCACGUCUAAGACACCCUAACAAAUGUCAAGGUGAUACAAUAUGACUCCUUCUCAGUGACAUGAAGCAAAUUACAUCUCAAACGUUUGUUGAAUGUGCUGUGUUGUAUGAUAUUUAUAUGGCACAAAAACAUCAUCUUUAGCUUAUUGAUCAUCAAUGAGUUUAUUCAAUAGUUGCAAAAGGUUUCUCCAUAUUAAGUGAUAACAAGAGUCUGAAGUUGCUCAUUUGCUGAAAGCCAUCGUCUAUUGAGAUGCAUGUAAUAAUAUUCCAAAUGUAUAUGAAAUAUUUGAUCCAUAACAUUUUUGUGACAAGCUCAAAUGUGACAUGUGACCAUAGUUUCCAUGGAUAUAUAGUUUAUUUAACGAGGAAAGUAUUUUGUUAUACUAUUUUGUGGACAAAUUGUCAAUGUGAGAGGGGUGUAUAGUUGAUAAAACUGGUAAGAUGAACAGUUUGGCUGAAAUGGACAUUUUGGUGCCAAUUUACAAAAGUCUGAUAUUUUGUUUAAAAAAGAUCUUUGUUUAAAUCUGUUUAUUUUGUUAAAUUGAGACAAACUUGCUGAUGUGCUCAAACAAGGGCCACAUUGGCUCCUAUGCUUCUGAAAUAUUCAGUGGUAUUUUUCUUUUAUCGUUGAUUUCAGGGUUUGAUAUUUUUUCUCCAUAGAUUCUUACUGAGGCUAAAAUUGAAUGUUUUGUAAAGAACAAAAUUGAAUGAAAUGCAAUACUAGAGUUGUUGAUUCUAUUCCCAAAGACUUCAUCACAUCUGUAUAGGUUAUUUAAAAAAUAACAAAGUUUUAUUUAGCUUGUUCAGUUCUGUCAAAUCUGAUUUAACUGGGCACAAAUGGACUUUAAACAGUGAUAAUAAUAUUAGAAGUUUGAUUUUGUCUGUAUAUAUGAGAUACAUUUCUAGUGUGUGCAUAAAAUUCAAAGAAGAUAUAGAUAUAAAAGUGUAUGUUUUUGGAUUAUCAAAGGGCUGGUGUGUCUUUUUCUGCUAUUUUGGUACUUUGUGUUACAAUCACUUGUUUGUCAACUUUUGAUUUGUAUUGUCUGUUGGAUUUGUUCAACCUUUCACUUUUGUCAUGGACUUGCAUUCGGCUGGAUCUUCCUUAAUUGGGCAUAAUCCUGGGCAUUUAUUUCACAAUCUGAACAAGUUAUUGAGAAGUAUGAUCGGUGUUUGUUCUGUCUUGGGUAAAUCAUACUGCUGCCAAUUUUGACUUAAAAGUUUGAAUUAAGAUGAAUGGAAACUUUUUGACUAGGAAAUUGUCUUUUCAAGUUCUUGUAGCAGAUCUACUUCUCAGCUUGUCUUUUUUUUCUCUCUUUUUUAAAACUGUUUUUUAUAAAACCAAGGAUCUGACACAAGAAGGGAAUAAUUCAUUUGAUGUCAUAUAUAAUCACCUCAUUUCAGCAAAUUUAAACAUCUGACAAUCUUGUUACUUUUCUGUCCAAUCAUCCAAUGUAUGUGUUUGACUUUUUUAUUUUGGUCUGGAACUUUAAAAACAAUAGUUUGCAUCUGUGUAAAUUUGAUAUGAAAUUGGCAAAAAAGAAUGUGCAUUGCUGCUUAAUAUCAGCAGUCUAUUGUAGAAGUGGUUAUAUUGCUGCUAGGGGGCAAAGUUAUUCGGUAUCAGCUGUUUCAUGACUGCACCUUGAAACAUAAUUCAUCAAUUUAAUGAUGGCAAAGUGUAAAUACUAUUGCUUUUCCUCUACGCUACAGUUUUACAGCCUUUUAUUCUGACACAACUUUGCCUCUCUGUGCUCAUACAGGUACAACAUAUACCAACAGUCAACAUUGGCCUCUCUCAGAUGAUGUAUUGUUUUUUCAAACCAUCGAAUGACUUUAAGAUUGAGUCGGCCACAGAGUACAUGAAGCCUCAUUUCGAUUUUGUUUCCUCAGGGAAAUGUCUAUUUGUAAUAAAUAGAGAAAAUAAAAGUUCAUACCCAAACUGAAUUAAAAUAUACUUGUGGUAAAAACUUCUUACAGUCCAUGUGUAUGUCAGUGCUUUUUUUCAUUUGCAGCUCCAACACCUCAUCAAGAGACCAGGGGUUUAUGUAUUUUUGUUAGUGGCAGAGAUGUUAAUUUUUUUUAUUCAUUCUUUUUUUUUUACCUCCAUAAUUUAUUUUUUAUUUAUUUUCUUCUUUUUUUCUAAGGAUUGUGUUUCAGAUUUAUCAUGAUUUCUUUCUUUUCAAUAAAUGUUUUGAAAACUA